AUGGCGUCCAAAUCGCAGCUCGAGAAUGCCAUCGAGCAGAUCCAAGAGAAGGCUCCCGACACAGAGCGUGACUUCACUCAGGUCACCCUGCCCAAUGGCGAGACCGUCAGCACCGUAGAACGCGUCUGUAAAGAGGUUCAGGCGCCGGCCAUGUCCAUCCCGACGGAAGACGAGUUCUUCUCCAAGCAAGACCCAAGCAAGCCCGACCAUGCGUUCUUGAAGAACCACUUCUAUCGUCAGGGUCGUUUGUCGGAGGACCAAGCACUUUAUAUCAUCGAAAAGGCAACUGAGGUGCUGAAGUCGGAAGACAACAUCUUAAAUGUGGAGGCUCCGGUGACAGUUUGCGGGGAUAUCCAUGGACAAUACUUUGAUCUCAUGAAGCUCUUCGAAAUCGGCGGAGACCCGGCCACAACACGUUAUCUCUUCUUGGGGGACUAUGUCGACCGCGGAUACUUCUCUAUCGAGUGUGUUUUAUAUCUUUGGACGCUCAAGAUCUGGUACCCGAAGACCUUCUUCUUACUACGAGGCAAUCAUGAGUGCCGCCACCUGACGGACUACUUCACGUUCCGCGUAGAAUGUAGACGAAAGUACUCAGAGCGCAUCUACGAUGCCUGCAUGGAGUCUUUCUGUGCCUUACCUCUUGCUGCGAUCAUGCACAAGCAGUUCUUCUGCGUACAUGGCGGUCUCUCGCCGGAACUCCAGACUUUGGAUGAUAUUCGCAAACUCAACCGAUUCCGCGAGCCACCUACAUCAGGUCUCAUGUGUGAUCUUCUCUGGUCUGACCCUAUAGAGAACUUUGGAGACGAACGCUCUGGCCAAAGCUUCGUGCACAAUCACGUCCGUGGUUGCUCCUACUUCUACACCUAUCAGGCGACGUGCCAGUUCUUGGAGCGCAAUAAGUUCUUGUGUGUCAUCCGUGCACAUGAGGCUCAAGAUGCAGGAUACCGCAUGUAUCGCAAAGCGACCAAGACGAACUUCCCAUGCCUCAUGACCAUCUUCUCCGCACCAAACUAUCUCGACGUCUACAACAACAAGGCUGCGGUCGUCAAAUACGAGGGCACGUUCAACAUCCGACAGUUCAACUGCUCGCAACACCCGUACUGGUUGCCCAACUUCAUGGACGCUUUCUCGUGGAGUUUACCUUUUGUGGGCGAGAAGAUCACGGACAUGCUGGUGGCCGUGCUCAACACAUGCACACAGGAAGAGCUUGCGGAAACCGAGGAGGAGCACGCUGCUGCUGCCUCGGCGGCUGCUUCUUCGGAGCGAAGACGCGUCAUACGUAAUAAGAUCUUGGCUGUCGGCCGUGUCUCUCGUGUCUUCUCGGUGCUCCGUGAGGAAUCCGAGCGUGUAUCCGAGCUCAAGAACGUAUCCGGCUCAGCGAAGCUCCCAUAUGGCACCCUUGCCUCUGGCGCGCAGGGACUCACAGAUGCCAUCCAGAACUUCGACGAUGCACGAAAGUUGGAUAUCGAAAACGAGCGUUUGCCGCCCGCAGCCGAGCCGGAGUCAUCGUCCGAUGUUGACUCCGCGCCAUCGACGCCUGGCAGCAGCGUACCACCGAGCUCGCCCUUUUACCGCCGCUCGUCUAUGAUUGCCGCCAGUACGCGCAAGCGCAGUGUUGAUAGCACGCUCACCCGCAUACGCGAGGCAGCGGACGGUGUAGAGAACGAUGAAGAGUUCGAAAAGCUCGCGGACCACGUCGCAGGUACCGCGAACGUACCUUCUUGA